UCGAAAGAAUGAAGAAGAGUAGGAGGAAGCGGGUUACAAGAGCCAGUGCAAGGAUACGUGAUAAGGAAUUUAAUGUUCAACUUAUACCUAGAGAGUAUCCAAACUUUAAGUCAAAGCUAAUGAAGUUUAUUUAUGAUGAAAAACCGGACGCCAAUGCGGAAGAAGUCGUAAUGGUAAAAUGUGGGACAUUGGUUGCUACCUUAGAAGAAUGCAAGACAGUGCUUGGUGGCACACAAUGCGUUCACGAGAAUUACGUAAGGGUGGCUGUGCAAUGUAUACGCGCAUGUGGCGGAGGAAAUUUGGAAACUCUAGUAUACGUUUUAUGAUCGAUCCUACAUUUGCGGCUCGGGUAUUUGAGAAUGUGCGGAGAUCGGGAGAUUGGAACGAUUGUCGUGAAAUUGGAUGUGCUGUUGCUAAAGGAUUUAAGGGAGUUCACGCCAAUCGUAUAUUUGGGGUCUUUGUUCCAGUUUUGGAAGACAGAAAAUGGUGGUGUGCUGCGUUUUCUGUUAACAGUGAGGAGGUGUGGGUCAUAGAUGCACACCGUCCAAAUUCAUUGGAGCACCAUGCAAGGCCAUUGAGGAAUUGGCGAUUGGGGUUGAUAUUCUCUUCUCAAGCUUUGAAGGGCAAUGGUUACCUGGGCAAAUAACAAAAUGGGAGAGGAAGGCGGUGAAUAUGGACGACGCCCAUAGUGAAUGCCUGCUAAUAUAAAGGAGGAAAGGAAGUGGCUGCUUACAGAAGAUUUGCUUUGUGAAGGCAAUGAGCUAAAAGAUAAGGUGAAGAAGAUGAUUGGUAGUAAAGUAUGGGGGUAGUACUAAAGUUAGGCCUUUAAAAGACAUUUUGGGUUCUAUAGGACGCAAAGGGUUUGGGGGUCAGGACGCAAAGGGUGGUGUGAAUAUUUUGGGUAAUAUAUGAGAUAUCGUGUGUUUUUUUUGGGGGUAAGCUAUGCCAUAUCGUACGUGGGCAUACUUGUUAAGUGGCCAUAUGUGUUUAUUUAUAAUUUUGGUGUAAAA